GUGUAUUAAAGGGAAAUGACUCUUACAGAAAAACUCUCUAAAGAGAAACCAGCAAAAGCGAAGGCAACCAACAUGGCAGCAGUCGACAGCUUUGAACUUCUGUGGAGAGAGAUAUCCAAGGUUUUUUCUGAUGUUAGAGAUGCUCUUGCAUUUGUAGGCGCCUACUAUCUUGCUAGACGAUCAAUCACUGUGGCAGGACACAUAGCAAAUGCUUUCUACGUUCAUCUUUACAGCAAAGUGGUGGAUGAAAUGGAUUUCGUAAAGAGAUACGGGCCAUGGGCAGUUAUCACAGGCGGCAGUGAUGGCAUAGGGAAAGCCUAUGCACAAGAGUUGGCCAGGAAUGGACUGAAUGUCUUGCUUAUUAGCAAAGAGGAAAGAAAGCUGAUGAAAACAGCCAAAGAAAUUGAAGAGACAUUCUCAGUCAAAGCUGAAUAUAUCUGUGUGGACUUUGCUACUGAAGACAGCAUCUAUGAAGCCAUUAAGAAUAAGAUUGCUGACAAAGAGAUUGGCAUCCUAGUGAACAAUGUUGGUGUCAUGUAUGAUUACCCUCAGAUGUUUCUGGAUGUACCAGAAAAGAAACUUUGGCAGCUGAUCUUUGUUAAUGUGGCAGCAGCAACUAUGAUGACACACAUGAUUCUGCCUCAGAUGGUUGAAAGGAAGAAAGGUGCAGUAGUCAUUGUAUCAUCAGGGUCUUGUUCUCAGAUUACUCCCCAGAUGACUGUGUAUGCAGCCACUAAGACAUACCUUGAUUACUUUUGCCGUGGCUUGGAGUAUGAAUACAAAGAUAGUGGCAUAACAGUACAGUGUCUUAUGCCAUUCUAUGUGGCCACACAAAUGACAAGCUUCAGCAAGACGCUGUCACGCACCAGCUUUUUCAUCCCCUCAGCUCCUACCUUUGCACGAAGUGCUAUCAGAACUCUUGGGUACUCAUCACGAACAACAGGCUAUUUUCCUCAUACGCUACAGCAUUGGAUUGCUAUGAUGUGCCCAGAGUGGCUCUGGAAGCGGGCAGCUUCAAGUCUGAACACAGCAUUACGAGAGCAAGCCAAGCUCCUACUGAAACAACAUCCGUAAUGGGUCAUUACACAUUUUAAUGUUUUAUUUUCUUGCUGUUUGUGCUGCUAGAAUAUGAAUAAAUUGCAAUAUGGUAAAGUGAACUGAUUGUGUAAAUUUUCAGAUUCUGAAAGUAAAGUUGUAUGUAAAUGAUGAUCAUUUGCUGAAAAAACUACAUAGUGAAGUAUGUAUGAAAUUAUAAUAUUAUGAUUAUGUAAACAUCAACCUGUAAAUAAUAUCUGGGGAACAAUCUUUGUAGAGUUAACAUGCAGUGGACAGAAAGCCUGGAUAUUGGUCAACAAAUUAAAAGUGAAUGAAACAAAUAGCCUCUGCAAAUAAAUUGAAGCAUGUCAUCCUUCAUGAUCUUUAUUUUCUCUAGGGCUGAAAUCUUUCAUGCUCAGACCAUCUGAAAUUAAUCCAUAAGCAUGUCUUGAAUAUCAUAUCUUUGUCCAUCUUGAGCUUUGCAGGAUCAGUCACAUCCAACCCUUCAUGUCGGUUUCUGUCAUCAAAAAGCUCAUGUCUACUUUUGUGUUGUCCCAGCUGGAUUAUUGAAACUCUCUAUUUGUUGAUCUGCCUAUCACCUGCUGGACGAACUUUAAAAAGCUGUUAAGUACUGUUCCACCCACUCCUCAGUUCUUCCCCUGUGCACUUUUUUGGUAAAGUUGUUAACUGUUUGCUGCUGCUUAUGUUUAUUGUUUUGUUUGACUGACUGUUUAUUUUAAGUCUUUCAUGUACAGCACAUUGAGCUCAUAUCAACAGAAACAAAUGUACUUUACAAAUUUUAUAUCAAAAGAUGGUCAUUGUUUGGAGUUUUUUUCACCUUUCAUAACAAUGUCAUAACUAAUGCAAAUUUGUACAAAUCUCUGUCUUGGUAAAACCAACAAGCAGUUAUGAUUUUGAUUGUUCUUCCAUCUCUUAAGAAACAACUGGGAAUUGUGAAAUGAAAUGUGAAUAUUAAAUUACAGUGUGAUUUUCAAAAAAAUUUUUUGAUGCAUACUUAGUACUAUGAAUAGUAAGAUGCAGGCAACGCAAGAAUGAAAACUUAAUGCACAAAAGUAAUCUAUUAAGGACAAUGAUCUUUUUCCAUUCCCUAGAACACAUAUUUUGUCGACCAAGUUUAUGGAAAUAACCAUUUGUUGCACAGGAUGUGUAUAGUUUGUCUAAGAUACAGCUGCAGUUUAUGAAUCCUGUUUUUGUGAAUAAGAAUGUUGAUGCACAUUUUAUAUCACAUUUUAUAGGUCGCCCUACUUUGGGGUGCAUUUAUUGCUCAGUAUCUAAAGGCAAUUGUGUAAAUUUUACACAGUGAAUACCUUUAAACAUAGAUGUUUUAAGAACUUAAAUAGUUACACAUUUAUUGGAAAAGUAGAUUUAAAUUUCAUCCAGUAUCAAUAUCUUAGAGAUUUCUGAAGAAAGUGUUAAAUUAUUUCUCCAUUUUACAUAUAAAACAUUGUCAUUUGCUCGUGUGUACUAUUGUUCCAUGACUGUUUCGUAUACAAAUUGGAGUUUUACUAAAUGUGUGAGUGUUAUUAAUUAAUGGAAUGCUCAUUUGUGAAUUUGUACAUGAAUUUAAUGUACAUUACUGAAAUUUAAAGAGUAUCUGAAAGAAAGCGAGAGAAUUAGAGCAAAUCAUAUGUAUAACUGUUUAGAUUGGCUACCUUAUGCUUGUGUGAAUGCAUUAUCAUAUAAUAAUCAAGAAUCCAAAGUCUUUCCUGGUGUGCUUUUAUUAAAUAUGGAUUUCACACUGUUUGUUUCUGUAAAAAUGUGAGGGAAAGACAUUUUGCUGAAGUUAAAGAACACAAUUGGGAAAUCUGGAAAAGAAUAUGUUUUAAAAGCAGGAGUUUCACAGAAUUAUUUAUUUCACUUCAACUGUAAUCAGGAAAUAGGUCACGAACACUUAUGUUGUCACCUGCUGCUAAGGCUUCAUAAAAAUGCAAUAAACCAGUUCUCUAAGAAA